UGGACAAUCACGAUGAUAUAAUUAGAGCAAAAAAAAAAAACGGUUGUUGACGAGACUGAGCUCUCGAUUGGCCGAUUGCCGCCGCGUUCCGGCUUCCAUGGACGACCCUCGCAAACAUCAGGUCUCGCUGAGAGGCGCGAGCGCCAAGGAAAUUACGAGAGACGCGCUGCUGGAGAAGGUCUCUCAGGAACGAGAGCUCCGCCAGUACGCCCGACGCGCCACCGCUGCUGCGCUCUUCCUUCAGAGAGUGUGGAGGCGGUACAGGGAGACUAGGACGGCGGCGUUGGAGAUGAGAGAGGAGUGGGAGAAGUGUUUGAAGCAGCAGCAGCAAGCUGGUUCAGUCAUCACAGCAAUUUGGAUUUCGAGUCAUGUAGUGAGGCCUUUUCUCUUCUUCGUUUCGUGCUUAUUAAUUCGGAAGAGGAGAAUUGAAGCUGCAGAAGUUAACUGUAUGAAGAGUUGCUUUCAAAUGCUACUAGACAGCUUGAAUUCGACCGACUCGAAGAAGAAUUACUGCUCUCUGGCGAUUGGAACUGUUGAGGAGAGAAGAGUCUGGGGUUAUCAGUCCAGGAGGCUGAUUUCUCUUUGUAUUUUUGUUCUUUCGGAGUGUGACAAGUCCCGGCCAGGAGGUCAAGAUAUUGUUGCUAUUACGUCUCUGGCAAUGCAGCUUGUUGUCGUCUUGACUGAUGUUAAAGGGUGGAAGAGUGUUGAUCAACAGGAUUGUCAGAUUGCCGAUACGGCAGUGAAGGAUUUAGUUAGGUUUUUAGGGAGUGGUGACAGUGGUCUUUACUCAUCGAUUAGAACAUACAUCAACACAUUGGAUGUUCCUUGUGCUUUGUCGCGGUCGAAAAGUAGGGUACAGACAGAUGACAGCUUUUUGAUUACUGCAAGCACCAUAACAUUGGCUCUUAGGCCAUUUCAUGUGUUGAAGUUCGAUGUAAAUAGCCUUGGCUUGUUGGAUGUCCAUGAUGUUGCUGAGAAGUACUCUGUGUUUCUGCUUACAAUUCCUUGGCUUACUCAGCGUCUGCCUGCUGUACUUAUACCUGCAAUGAGGCACAAAUCCAUUCUCCAACCGUGUUUUCAAACAUUACUGAUUUUAAAAGAGAAAAUAUUAAAGGCGAUUCUGGCCGUGGAUCAGUCGAUGUUUCAUGUGUCUCAAAAGGUUAUUCCACCAGUUGGUUGGGCUCUUGCAAACGUUAUAUGCCUAGCUACAGGGGGAGACAACGAUUCUGUCGAUCCUGGAGGUUUCCAUCAAGAGUUCAAUUGCGCAUCUUAUGUACGUGCUAGUAAUAUUCUUGCAGAAAACUUGUUGGUUAGGCUUGAGAUUGUUGAUUCUGUCCAGAAGAAUCAGGAUGCUGAAAACAAUAUUGAAAACAGUGAAAAGCUGAGCUCUACGGUUUCAUGUGAGAGUGAAGUGACCAAUGAAUCUAUUAAGUUGUCGUUCUUGGAUAUGUUUAGGCCUAUUUCGCAGCAGUGGCACCUUACAGAUCUUUUGGCAAUAGUGAAUAAAAUGGGGCACUCUCAAGGGUCUGAGACUAACACGCCAAAAAGAUUGGAAUUUUCUGGGAACUUGGAAUUGCUGGAUAUCAUGCGUUUAUAUUCUUUCAUGUUAAGAAUGUUUUCAUCUUUGAAUCCAAGGGUUGGCUCACUGCCUGUCCUUAACAUGUUAUCAUUUACUCCUGGAUUUCUUGUGAGUCUAUGGGAAGUGUUGGAAACCUAUCUUUUUCCUAGGAAUGUUUGCAGUGGUCAUAAACUCUAUGAUAUCAUUAGUAAAACUUCUGGUAGUGGAAAAGAUUGGAAUGUUGGGAAAAGGAAAAAGCAUGGCAAUAAUGAUGGAGGUAAUAAGUGGGUCAGUGCCCUUCAUAAAAUUACUGGGAAAUCACAAGCUGAGACUGGUGACAGAGAUUUGCGUGCUAAUCAAGCCAAGGCUAUACUUGUUGACAAAGAGGAUUCUUCUGAUGUUUGGGAUAUAGAACUUAUGAGACCUGGUCCUCAAGGUAUUUCAAAAGACACAUCAUGUAUGCUUUAUCUUUUCUGUGCAAGCUAUUCACACCUGCUUUUGAUUCUCGAUGACAUAGAAUUUUAUGAGAAGCAGGUACCAUUUACACUGGAGCAACAACGGCAAAUUGCAUCUGUUCUUAAUACAUUGGUUUAUAAUGGGUUAUCUCAAAGUAUUGGACAGAAAGAUAGACCCCUUAUGGAAUCUGCUGUCAGAUGCCUGCAUUUGAUAUAUGAAAGGGAUUGCAGGCACCAGUUCUGCCCCCCUGUUUUGUGGCUAUCACCUGCUCGAAAGAACCGCCCACCAAUUGCUAUAGCUGCCAGGACUCAUGAAAUUUUGUCAACUAACCAAAGAUCAGAUGAUUCUCUGGCUCUGCAAAGUAUAGGCUCCGUUAUAACUACAACCCCACAUGUAUUUCCUUUUGAAGAAAGGGUGGAAAUGUUUAGAGAGUUUAUCAAGAUGGACAAAGCCGCCCGAAAAAUGGCUGGUGAAGUUGCUGGCACUAGUUCUCGAUCAGUUGAGAUAGUAGUUCGUCGUGGUCAUAUUGUUGAAGAUGGAUAUCAGCAGUUAAAUUCCCUGGGAUCAAGAUUAAAGUCAUCCAUUCAUGUUUCAUUUGUCAGUGAAUGUGGCCUUCCAGAGGCUGGGCUUGACUAUGGUGGAUUAUCUAAAGAGUUUUUGACUGAUAUAUCCAAAGCUGCCUUUGCUCCGGACUAUGGCCUAUUCUCUCAAACCUCAACCUCAGACAGACUUCUGAUUCCCAAUCCAUCUGCAAAAUAUCUAGAUAAUGGUAUCCAGAUGAUUGAAUUCCUUGGGAGAGUUGUUGGAAAAGCACUCUAUGAAGGAAUACUACUAGAUUACUCAUUUUCUCAUGUUUUUGUACACAAAUUGUUGGGUCGAUAUAGCUUCCUUGAUGAGCUUUCUACACUUGAUCCAGAGAUUUACAGGAAUCUGAUGUAUGUCAAGCAUUAUGAAGGUGAUGUUGAGGAACUCUGUCUGGACUUUACAGUAACUGAAGAGUCAUUUGGAAACCGACAUGUUAUUGAGCUAAAGCCUGGUGGAAAGGAUGUUACUGUAACAAGCAAGAACAAAAUGCAGUACAUCCAUGCUAUUGCUGAUUAUAAGCUUAACCGGCAGAUGUUUCUUUUUUCAAAUGCAUUCUAUAGAGGGCUAGUUGAUCUCAUAUCACCAUCUUGGCUGAAAUUAUUUAAUGCAGGGGAAUUUAAUCAGUUGCUAUCAGGUGGAGUCCAUGACAUUGAUGUUGAUGACUUGAGAAAGAACACACGAUAUACUGGUGGUUACUCCGAAGGGAACCGAACAAUUAAAAUAUUUUGGGAGGUGAUAAGUAGAUUUGAACCUAAUGAACGGUGUAUGCUUCUGAAAUUCGUUACCAGUUGUUCUCGAGCUCCAUUACUUGGAUUCAAACACUUGCAACCAACAUUUACAAUCCAUAAGGUUGCAUGUGAUAUCCCUCUGUGGGCAACAAUGAGAGGACAUGAUAUAGAGCGGCUUCCAUCAGCCUCAACUUGCUACAAUACUCUGAAGCUUCCAACAUACAAGCGUCCAAGCACGCUGAGAGAAAAGCUUCUAUAUGCAAUCAGUUCUAAUGCGGGUUUUGAACUUUCUUGACAUAUGCCUUCAGUUGUCUUGCUAUCUGUCUGUCUUACGUUGGAAUAGGAGGUCUCCAGACUUCUUGUGAGUACUGAAAUGAUUUUCUUGUAAAUGCAUAUUAGUGGAUCCAAAAACUGUAGAUAAGAGGAUAUAUGUUAAUAUUUACUGUGUGAUUCAUUUAUAUCAAUAUAAAAGUUGUGUUUA